GAGAAUAGUAGCGCAGAAUUGAAUCUCAUGCAUUUUGGCAGGUGUGCCGUUUAUUCUUUUUCUUUUUCCCCUCUUUUUCUUACCUUUUUUUUCCUCUGAAAUUCUGGAUCUUUUUGUAAUCCGCUAUUUUUUAUAUUUAUAUAUUCAGACGCCUAGUGUUGCCUUCUUGUUGAAAUUUCAAUUGCAGAGGCCAUUAAAAUCGGUGAUUUAUAUUUUUUUUACGAGGAAUCCAGUCUGAACAGCACAUUAAAAAAGAAGGAAUUCAACGCGUAAAGCAUAAAACCACAAGGCUUGUACAAUAAUUUAAACAUGCCUCCUACUUUCCAGAGCGCUGAGAAUGUGCUCAAGCGCGCAAAUGAGCUUAUCAACGUUGGACAAUCGGCCACUGCCCUCCAGACCCUGUACGAUGUCCUUAUGAACAAGCGCCUGCGCAACGCCAACGCAGCCAAUACCGAGCCCGUGCUCCUCAAGUUUGUUGAGCUCAGCAUUGCGCAGCGCAAGGGCAAGGAGCUGAAGGAUGGUGUGUUGCAGUACCGCAACAUUGUGCAGCACAAGAACCCCGAGUCCAUGGCGACCGUGGUCAUCACGAUGCUGGACACCAUUACCGAGCGCGUCACGCAGGCGCAGCAGAACGCCGAACGCGUUCUUGGCGAUGAGGUCGAGGACCUCGAUGAGACCGAGUCCCCCGAGGACAUAAUUCUGAGCUCGGUCAGCGGUGAGCAGACACGCGACCGCACGGACCGCGCGCUUGUGACGCCCUGGCUCAAGUUCCUGUGGGAGGCGUAUCGCAACCUGCUGGACAUCCUGCGCAACAACGUGCGUUUUGAAGUGCUGUACCAGACCAUCAGCAGAAAGGCGAUUGAUUUUUGCAAGACGUACGAGCGCAAGACCGAGUUCCGCAGGCUGUGCGAGCUUCUGCGCAACCACCUUCAGGGCGUUGCCAAGUACUCGCACCAGCAGAACUCGAUCAACCUGUCGAACCCGCAGUCAAUGCAGCUGUUCCUCGACACGCAGUUCCACCAGCUGAACACAGCCACCGAGAUGGAGCUGUGGCAGGAGAGCUUCCGCUCGAUCGAGGACAUCCACAACCUCAUCCAGCAGUCGAAGCGGCCGGUCAAGCCCCAGGCGAUGGCCAACUACUUUGAAAAGCUGACACGCAUCAUGUACGUGGCCAAGAACCCGCUGUUCCUGGCGGCGGCGUGGCACCGGUACUACAACUAUAUUUUCCGUCAGACCAAGGUGUUCUCGGAGGAGGAGCUGCAGAAGGUGGCCAACAACGUGCUGCUGUCGACGCUGGCGGUGCCCAUCAUCAAGCCAUCGUCGCGCGUGCUUUCCGCGGACGCGACGGAGAACAAGUACCGCACCCAGCAGUUCACCAACCUGCUGUUCAUCAGCUCGGCGCCCACGCGUGCCAGCCUGAUCAACAGUCUGAUGGCCGGGGAUAUCCUCACGCGCGUGCGUCCUGAGCUCCGCCCGCUGUUUGACCUUGUCGAGGAGCAGUUCCACCCGCUGUCGAUCUGCAAGAAGCUCGCGCCGGUGCUCUCAGAGCAGAUUGCCACGAACGCGGACGACGCCAAGUACGGCAAGCUGCUGUGCAACGUUAUCCUGACCCGUCUGCUGCAACAGCUCUCGCAGGUAUACACUUCGGUGCAGCUUGACUUUAUCAUCCGCCUGGCCAAGUUCCCCGAGCCCUACGCCAUGACAGCAUCGCAGAUCGAGCGGUUCAUCAUGAACGGAGCAUGGCGCGGCGAGUUCCAGCUGCGCAUCGACCACCAAUCGCGCUCAGUUGUCUUUGACACGGAUCCGUUCAACAGCUCGCAGUCGUCGAGCAACGGCGCGCAGCUGCAGGCGUCAGCGUCGGACCUGAUGCGGUCGCAGCUCAGCUCGCUGGCGAUCUGCCUGUCCAACGCGCAGCGUGUUGCGUGCCCCGACUACGUCGCAAGCAAGCAGGUCGAGAAGGCCGCCACGGUUAGCGCUGCCCUGCAGAUCAUUGCCGAGGAGCACCGCGUGAUGGUUGCGCGCAAGCUGGUCAUUGACCGGCGCAAGGAGAUUAUCGAGGACGCGCUGGCGCGCAAGGAGCGCACAGAGGCGCGCGAGCGUGCCCUGCGGCAGCAGCGCGAGCAGGAGCUUGAGCGCGCGCGCAUUGCCGAGGACCAGCAACGGCGUGAGACUGAGCGCGCGCAGAAGGAGCGCGACGCCAUCCAGCGCAUCGAGGCCAAGAAGCUGGCGGAUUCGAUCAAGGAGAAGGCCGGCAUUGACGUCAGCGUCGAUGACCUCGAGCAGAUGGACACGACCAGGCUGCUGGAGCUGCAGGUCGAGCAGAUCGAGAAAGAGAAGCUGGACAAGCAGACCCGUCUCAACGUACUUGCGCGCAAGGUCGACCACACGGAGCGUGCCUAUCGCCGCCACGAGCAGCCUCUGCUGGAGGACGACUACGCCAACCAGAAGCUGGCCGACAGCAAGAACCACGAGGCCGCGCGCAAGGCCCUCCUGUCACAGACCAGGGACAAGCAUGCACACGAUAUCCUGCUCAAGCAGCGGUUCACGCGCAUGUUCAGCGACUUCAACUUGGUGCGCUCACAGCUCGACCAGGGUCGCUCCGAGGCCCUGGCUGCCGAGCGCAAGCGCAUUCGCGAUGAGCUUGCGGCUGCCAAGGAGGAGCGUCUGCAGGAGUACCUCAGCGUGAAGGCGGCGGUAGAGGCCGAGGCCGAGCGCGAGAAGGCUGAGCGCGAGGCUCGUGAGGCUGAGGUCGAGCAGGCCAAGGCCGCCCGGGCGGCAGAACUCGCCAGGCUGCGCGAGGAGCUGCUUGCUCAGCGCGUCAGGGACCAGGAGAUCCUUAACCAGAGGCUGGAGCGCGAGCGCCAGCGCGAGCUGGACGCUGAGCUUGCCAAGGCUGCGGCCAGCAACAAGUAUGUGCCGCCCUCUCGCCGCACCCCUGGUGCGGUUGCUACGCCCCCGGCUGCUCCCGCUGCUGCUGGCUCGGCCUCGCCCAGGCUUGGGGCGUCCACUGGACCCUCCAAGUACGUGCCGCCCAGCCGCCGCGUCCCUGGUGCUGCUGGUACACCGCCGCUCCCGGCCGCUCCCGCUGCUGCUGGCUCGGCCUCGCCCAAUCUGGACGCUUCUGCUGGAUCCUCCAAGUACGUGCCCCCUAGCAGGCGUCGUUAGGAACUUGGGUAGGACUAUUUAGUAAACCGCUUGGUUGCCCUCUUUCUUCUGUUUAUGCCUUGGCUUGUGUUUUUCUCACUAUCAGAAACGAAAUUAAAUAUAUUAUAAU